UAUUUUAAGAGUUAUCACGCGCCUUGGCUUCUCCAUUCGGCAAAAGCAAUGGCUGCCGAAGGGUUAAUAAAAUACGUAACAUUGAUCUUAGGAGUUUUUACUUUGUACGUAUCUGCAAAAAACCAAGGAGAUUGCAGGGAUGGUUACGGAAACUUGGUGAAGAAUGCCACAUCGUAUAACCCGUAUGUUAUCGACAAAACUGACCCGUGUGUAGAAUGUACCUGUUUGAACGGCGCUAUCACAUGUGCGAAAAGACCGGAAGAAGAAUGCGAAAAGCCGAAAAAUCUUUGUGGAAAAAAGAAAGGCAGAUCGCGUAAACGUAAAAAGAGGAAAAGAAAAAGGAAAACUAAAAAGACAGCUAGAAAGGGGCGUACCAGAAGAAGAGGUAAAACUAAAGGUAAAAGGAGAAAGAAAAACAGGAGGAAAGAAAGAAAACGAUCAAUGAAAUGCCGCAGUGUUAAAGUUUCCCACAAUGUGACAAUGUCUGACAAACUGUGUCCAGCUAUUCCCGCGCUUUCUUUGCCGCCAGAUGGCGCUCUGUCGUGUCAUUAUAAUAAUUUAUGCUUACCUAGAGGGACCGAGUACAUCGUUUACAGGAAGCAGAUAUCCCAUGGAAAAGAUACUGAUGACAACACUUUGAUAAUAGCAUUUGAUCAUUUAAAAACUGAGAUGGUUGAAAUUUGGACAUAUCUCAUUAACAAAGAAAAGAUAAAGGAGAGACAGGUACUGGCCAAGUGUCCGUCCCCUUCCCUCAGAGCCCAGCUUAAGACCCCGGACGCCAUUUUGGGCGCCGCCAGUUCAAAGUCAGUAAAGGAUUUCCAAAGAAAAUUACGAAGGGGACUGAAAGACUGCGAGAAGAAAAAGAAGGGAUGCCGCUUAAGAACGGUGCGCAAACACUUGGUCUGUUUUGAACUCGAAGAGAUUCCAAAGACAAAACUGCUGAGAAACUGUAAGAGUUGAAAGAACAUGUGAUGGGCAGAGUUCAGAAUUACGGGAUGUCAUAUGAAGAUGGUUGGAUACAGUUGAUGCUGGUUGACUGAGGCUAUUGUUUACGUUAUUGAAUUGUUCUGUUUUCUUUUUCUUUUUUAUAAAACUAUUUAAAUUCUAUAGUCUGUCCCAUGUUAUUGCUUCCAUCACUUUUUGAUGAUUUUUAAUAAAAAUACACAUACCUGUGAAAGAAAUGCUGUUGAAAUCGAUAAAAGGGAAUAUAUCCAAGAUAUCUUCAUUGACAAAUAAUCAUUUUUCACUCAUAAAAGUUCACAGGAACCAAAACAAAUUUCUUACGGAGAUUUAUAAUGGGAAAUGUUUACAUAUUUUUUUCCAUUCGGAAGUACUCAGGACACCUCGCUCCAUUUUUCAACGUAACCAUCCGGGCUUAUUAAUGGCUGAUGCAAUGCAAAAUCCCCGUAGACUAUUUAUUUUGGGAUGUGUAUUGAAACCUGAAGCGGCAGAGGUGACGUUUUAAAACAGAUUAUCUGGAUAUUUUUCAUAUUAGUGGAUAAACGUAAUUUGAACUCAAAGGUAUUUAUGAUUAUCGAAAUAUCAAGCGAAAAGUGGUGGAAGCAAAAUCUCGGGACAGAGUAUAAGAUGAAAUCGACAAUAUAACAAGAUCGAUGAUGCUAAACCAACUACGCUUAAUGACAUGCGAAGAACGUAGACGCUCUUUAUUUAUCUGGGGUUCUCUGUGGGUGAAAUAUUUCGCUUUUAGGUCAUUUCAGUUGCAAAAUAAUUGGUACAUUAAAAUUUUGCGAUUCAAAGAAUUCAUAUAACAUUGUUAUAGAUCGUUUUGAAUUAUUUGAAGAACAAAACUUUAAUGUAACAAAUUAUCAAUUAAAAACUCGCAAAAAUUGAAAUAGGAAAAAAAAUCUCACAAACAAAAAAUAAAGAUGAAUUUUGCUAGGAGUACAUUAGUCAAGGUAUGGUGUUUUGGGAAUUUGCAAAAUAACAGAAUUUAUCUAUUAAAAAAACUUAUGGAAAAAAGAUACAACCCCUUCCCUCAUAAGAUUAGGAAUAGAAAGAUAUAUACAAAAUACAUUAUGGAGAAAAUCUCUCUCUCUCUCUCUCUCUCUCAUUCUCUCUCUCUCUCUCUCUCUCUCUCUCUCUCUCUCUCUCUCUCUCUCUCUCUCUCUCUCUCUCUUACUAUUGUUCUUUCUCCAUCUCAUCCGAUUUAUUUAGCAUUUUGCCUUCAGUGAAAUAUUCAAAAUAUUGAGUUUUUAAAACUUGAUUUAUGACCAUGUUGAGUGUUUAUUUUUUCAUUUCUUUAUUCAAUGCAUUGCUGGAUUUUGACAAUUUAAAGGCUAUUUUGAGAAUAGAAAUUGUAGAUCGCAGUUGUUUUGGAAUAAAUUUUUAUCAAUAAUUUGACAAUAAAGGUUAAAAAAAUUUUGCAAAGAAAAAAAGUCAUGAAAAGCCAUCUGAACCACUUACCCGUCUAGCUUCAUUUGCAUUUUGGGUUAAGAGUGCAUAAAAUUAGGACCUAGAGGCUUGAUGAAUAAACAAUACUCUAAAAUGUUUAAAAUGGUAAAACCAAAAUAUUCCUUUUAGGUAGUUAAUUAGUGUCGUAUACACGCGAUGUACUCUUAUUUGGCUCAAAGGUACAUUUAUGAGGAUGGCAGAAAACUAAAAAAAAUAUAUUGAAACCUUGUUUGAUCAAAAUCUGAUUUGUAAAAAAAAAAGAAAUUAAGAAUGCUUGAUAAAAUGUCGGAAUAUUGUAUUUUGACGUCAUGUUGAGAAAAAAUAAAAAAAUUUUUAAAGAUAGA